AUGCCUCUGAAAAUCAAAUUCUCAAGGAGGCCGGACCCGCCAGCAGAAGAACCUGCGCCUGCCCCUGCGCCUGCCCCUGUGCCCGCGCCUGUGCCUGUGCCUGCACCUGCGCCCCCGGCCGAAACUCCUCAACCACCACGCAAGAUCACGCUUAAGAUCGCACGAAAGUCACAACCCGAAUCCAAUGAAGAGAAACCAAAGAAGAAGAAAUCGACAAAGAAGCGACCGGCUGAAAGUUCAAUCCGAAUCAAAAACAAGGGAAUCGUCCCCAACAGACCAGUGGGCGUUGGUUAUGACUCCGAAGCCUCAGACACCGAAAACGAUCCGGCCAUCGAAGAACAAUUUAUCCUACGAAUGCUCCCAGGGGAGGAUUGCGAGAUCGUGAGAAAGGCAAUCACCGAAAGGACAUUCAGGAAUGAUGUCGGGAUCAAAGCCCUCACACGUGAGGGCCGGCGUUCCAUCUUGAAUGUUCGGGGCCGCCUAUAUGCGGCAGCCCUAGUGGAUCUACCCUGCAUCGUCGAGGGCAUGAAAAGUUGGGACCGACGAGGCUGGUACAAGUCAGCAGAUAUCUGUCAAAUGCUGUUGGUGCUGGGACGCGUCAACAGUGACCAAGAAGCAAUGGAAUACCCACUGCCCCCGGGCGUUGACGUACUAGAUGAAAAGAGCACUUCAAUACGCACACGGUCUCGCCCCACCCCUCCGCUGGGUUCCACGCGCACAAUUGAACAAGUUGAAAAGGCCGUGGAAGAGCUCAUGGCUCAGGACGAACAUUCGAUUUUCCCUCCCAAGUUCGAGUUGGUGGAUAGCACAUCCCUGAAUCGCGUCGAGGGCUUGGUGGAAUCGGGAGACUACGCGGAAGAAUACGAUGAUGAACAAGAUGCAUACGGUGAAGCAGAAGAAGAGAUGAUGGACGACUUUGAAGACGCCCUUGCCGCUGAGAUGGAAGCCGCACUGGCUGCCGGGGAUGAUGAAGGACCAGGAGCAGGACCAGAGCAGGCAGACACUCCGUCCAUGCAUCCUUUCACACCAGCUGGAGGACCGACCGAACGCGGCGACACCUCUGCCGAUGAGAGCAAUAUCUCCGACGAGGAGGAGGAAGAAGAUGAGUUGGAUGACGAUCAAAUCGAACAGCAACAACAACUCCAGCAACAGCGCGAGGAAGUCGCCGAGCUGGAAGCUCUCAUCCGUACUGAGACCGCACAGUGGGAGAAGGUGCAGAAUCACAUUUUGCGCAACAAGAUGGGCCGACGUAUCCAGGAACUGAAGAAGGACCUGCAACUGAAGAAGGUCUCUAUGGGUAUGCCAGCUGGGGACGAUAUCUGA